ACAACUGCAGUCAUGGCUGCUACUUGACCAUGGAGGAAGGCACAAAGACCAAGAAAACAGUCUAUGUCGGCGGCCUCAAUGACGAGGUAGACGAGAACGUCUUGUUGGAGACCUUUGCUGUAUUUGGCGAUGUGGUAGAUGUCCAGUUGCCACCUGCUACCACACAUCCUACGCAACAAAAUGAACCCGUAAAACACAAGGGUUUCGGUUUUGUGACCUUCACAUCUUCCGCCGAUGCCCAGGAUGCGAUUGACAAUAUGGAUCUCAACGAGCUCAAAGGACGCGUCGUUCGAGUGAAUCUCGCGCGUCCAAUGAAAAUGCAACUGCAGGGCAUGGCCAACAAGCCUGUUUGGGAGUCAGAAGAAUGGCUCAAACAGUACGCCAAACCAUUGGGUAGAAGCGGAGGAGCUGCACUUCGAGCGAAAACAAGGGAAGGCCCGAAUGGUGCUGUUGGAGACGAGGAUGAAAAUGCAGAGGACGCUGACAAAGGCGAAGCGAUGGAAGAGUAGUAAUUCAGCGACACUUUCAAUUAUCAUUCUCGUACAGCUCUGUAACAAUAAGCUACAGUAUGCAUCGUUAUACAAUAUAUGUUAC